AUGAAUGAAAUUGGGCAAGGUUGCUCACAAAAUGAAACUCUCUGGCCGAGUAAUUUCACGAAAUGCCAACGGUGUGGUCGACCGAACAAAUUGCCGGAUAAGCUUCGUUUCCUUCGAGUUUAUCGUCUUCAUCAACACGCGCUCACGCAUAUGGAAGAAUCGUUCUUCUCGUGUUCGCUUUGCUUCUAUCAAGGAAAAUCUCGUCACACUGUUCAACGACAUCAACGAAAAAAACAUGACAAAGUGCACGAGAAAAAUUUGAAAAUUGUGGAUUUGAGUAAGAACGAACCGGGUAGAAGACAACUCUUUGAAAUGACCAAACAAUGUUUCCCGGAUUAUGCACCAGAAUUGACACAAUAUUACUAUUCGCAAGGGUUGAAUGAUGGACGGAAAGCGAAUAAUGUGACUGCUUCAAAGCCACCACCAAACGAUGACAAGAGAGCCAUUUUGGUGCCAGCACCGUCGAAUCAAACAUAUCAAACAGGAGGAGCGACAAUUGUGCCAAUGAUGAAUUUCCGAUACGAUGGACAGAAUGCUGUUGGUGGAAAUGAUUACAAUGGACAAUUCCCGUUUCAAACAAUCCAAACACAACAACAAUCAACGUCUAAUCAACAAGCUUUUGAUGUAUCUCAAGGAUUGAAUCUUCCUUUUAAUGAUGAUCUGAGAAGUUUGCUGAAAAGAGUAAAAGAAUUGGAAACCGAAAAUAAAAACCUGAAUGAAGCGCUGAAGAAAUUAAGUCAAAAAUAUGAUGAGACUGUGCUUGAGCUGGAAUCUGAGAAAAUGAAGAACAAAAAUACGUCA